AAUCUUUGCCAGCUCUGUAUUGUAAUAUAUGCCAAUCUCUCUGCAUUUUAUAUUUUUAUAAAGUGAUAUUUCUCGUGGAACAUUUGUCUUUCUGCAUAUUUUUAUACUUAUAGGAUAUGUCUGUGAAUGGAACAGAUUAUACGUUUGCAGUGCGUACAGGGAAUUUCAGUCUUUCUUUUGGACAAACAAGUGACUGUGCUGGAGAAAUAAACUUUGUCAGAAAAACCUGUCCUCGAUUUUCCGGAGCAAAAAUCAAUACUCGAGGAACAGGGAUGAUAGUUGAUCCUACUAUUAUAUUCGGUAGACUGAAAAACAGCUAUGCAACUAGUGUACUGGAUUUUCAGAAUUCAACAGACGGAGCGGAAAUUUCCUUCCGGUGUGGCGGAUGGUGUGGAAGUUGUGGUCCAGUUAAAAAAGAAAUAAAAUUUAUUUUGACAACAGAAGCGGUUCCAGUUUCUGAAGCACAGUCGGUGGUUUGUCCUGUGAAAUAAACUCCAAGGUCCCAGAAACCACACUCAUCAUAAAGAGAAUGGUAUUCUCUUCUGGAAAAAAAAACUUGGAGCAUCUGACUUUAACAACAAUAAUUUAUAAUUGAUUUUCCUUCCAUUCAUCUUAUGACUAUCUUUUUAAAUUAUCACUUUGGA